UAGAGGUAGAGGGAGAGAGGGAGAGAGAGGGAGGGUAUGAGUCCGUCUUUCUUCCAGUGGAGUCUGACAGGAAUGAGGUCAGACACACUGAUCCUGGUUGCACAUUAUUAUUAUUGUUAUUGCCAGUUUUAUAUUCAGCCAAUGGGAGCCGAGGGGCGGGGCUUGCGCGAAAAAUCAGGAUGGAGACAGCCGCUUAUUGGGUUUUAUAUCUCGCAACGGGGCUAUAUAAGAGCUAGGCUCUCCUUGUUGUGUUUACAGUCACAUUACAGAGUACUAAGACCGGGGAGACUAUGAGAAAGCACAGCUGCUCCAUUCAACCACAUGGUUCCUCAACCGCACGGCACAGCAGCGUCGCAGACAGCCAGCUCCACAUAGGGGACUUGAACCACUGCUUCCCGCAGCGGCGCGUUUCCAGUCUAACAGGUCGAGUUUUCAGCCGCACCGGCAGUUGAGACCCGGAGUGGGUUUUUUUCGCGGUUUUCCGGGGGAAGCGCACUGAUAUUAAUUGCGAGACAAAAGUGUCUCCAGGACGGAGCAGUAGAGAGACAGACUUCAGUGAACUUUUUUGUUUUCUCUCUUCCUUCCCUGUCCUGUUUCUGACACAAGUGAGGAGUUCAUCUGUUUGUUUGGUUUUUUUUAUUUUAUAAAAAACUUUAACCAGCACUGAGUGUUUCUGGACACCCGGAGGAAGGAUGGUGCAACACAUGAGCCAGACAGAGACCGCCCACGCUCACUCUCCCGGCGGGGACUCCACGGACUCCAUGGACCUGGAGAUGGAUGCAUCUCCGACCCCCGAGUCCCCCUCCUCUGGGGGGCGCAGUGACCUGGCGUGGUGCAAAACUCCGACGGGCCACAUCAAGAGACCCAUGAAUGCGUUCAUGGUGUGGUCGCAGAUCGAAAGGCGUAAGAUUAUGGAGCAGUCGCCGGACAUGCACAACGCGGAGAUCUCCAAGAGGCUGGGGAAGCGCUGGAAGCUGCUCAAAGACACAGACAAAAUCCCGUUCAUCCGUGAAGCCGAGCGGCUCAGGCUCAAACACAUGGCCGACUACCCAGACUACAAGUACCGGCCCAGGAAGAAGGUCAAGUCGGCGAGUGUGGCGAGUAAGCAGACGGACCGCGGGGAGCGCGGCAGCAGCAGCAGCAGCGGCGGCGCUAAAGCCGGUGUGAAGAAGAGCCCUGCGUCCAGGGGAGUUAGCAGGACGCACAGGCAGGGGGGCAACAAGAGCGCUCAGGGGCAGGACUACGCGUCUUCUGGCGACCACCAAUCGCUCUUCAAAUCCAGGUCAGUGUCUGGAGCCAGACAGAUACCGGAGAAGCGCGCGGGAGGGGAGGCGAGGCGCGGCCACAUGUUCGGCGGGGCAGGCAGUCUGGAGAGCGGACCUCCCUCCGUAGGUGUCCCGGCCAGUCCCACCCUGAGUAGCUCGGCAGAGUCAAGCGACCCGCUCAGCCUGUACGAGGAGCAGAGCCCCGCGGGCAGCGAGUCCUCCACGCACACCGCCCGCCUCAGGUACACCCGCGCCUCCUCCCCGACGCCGUCUGCGUCGCACUCUUCCUCGUCUGUCUCAUCCUCAUCAUCAGACGAAGAGUUUGAGGACGAGCGACUCGACCUGAACCCGAGUCCCGGCUUCGAGGGCAUGUCACUGGGGGGCAUGGGCUUUUCUGACACGGAGCUGGACCGGGACUUGGACUGGAGCUUCGGGGAGUGCGGGGCGGGAUCUCACUUCGACUUUUCCGACUACUGCACGCCGGAGGUUAGCGAGAUGAUCUCAGGAGACUGGCUGGAGUCCACGAUCUCCAACCUGGUGUUCACCUACUGAGAAGGACGCACGCUGGAUAGGGAACUGCUAUGUCCCUCCCACGUUUUGUACUGUUCAACCCCACCCACCCUCAGACAGGCGUGUGUGAGUGCAGACCUGACUAUUUCUGCUAGUCUUUCACUGAACCGGAGAGGGUGAAGACGGGAAGGGCAGAGGUCGUCGGUGCUCCUGGCGGGGGACGCACAAUCUCGAGAGAUGCUCGGUCGGCAUCUGAACACAGAAUGUGAGUGAAUGUAAGCAGAGAGCAACAGAAGGACACGGACUUCAGCUCAGCUGUUCACACUGAUCCUACAGGACGGAUGAGGAUCUUUUUUUGGGAAUCUCGAGGUGAUUUCGGGUCGGGGAUAAUGGACACAUACUGGAAAAAAAAAACGCUCUCCAUGUUCGGUUUUUUUUUUUUUUUUUAAAGGUAUAACCUGUUCGCAUCGACCAUCAAGUUGCCAUUCAGGUGCGGUUCCGAUAUCAGCACGCAUGAGCUCCGAGAUAAGGAGUUUUAUUGUUGUCGUGGUUAGAUGCGUGAAACAUUUUUUUUUUUUGUCAUUGACGCGUAACGACGCAUUUUGUGUGACUAAUUCACUAUCACCAGCUUCUCUCUCUCUCUCAACGGCAGGACUUUACCCCAAACUCCCCCCCUCCCAAAAAAAAAAAAAAUACUGACUCAAGCCUUUCAGAAAACCACGUUCUGAACCUUUAUUAACACUCAGUGCACAAUUCAGGACCAACAUGACCCCCCCCUCUCUCCCCCCCACGCGAAUCCCCUUCUGCCUAGUGCUUCAAACUUUGUAGUUUCUCUGUGUCAGAUGACGGUUUUUUUUAUAUUGAUGUAUUUAUACCGGCCAAAACCUUUUUUUAUACAUAGAAGAGUUGUUCUCCUAACAGGUCUCAUUUGUGUUUGUGCACAUACACCUGUCUGUAAACCUGCGCGGAAGGGCUAGAAGUGUGUCUUAUUUAAAAAAAAAAAAAAAAUAGAAAAAAAAGAAUAAUAAUAAUGUCAGACUCCAUUCACUUUUCAAGAAGAUUCGUGUGUGUGUGUCAUGAUUUUCUACUUGUAUUUUUGUACAAAAAUCUAUAGACAAGAGGGGAGUUGGGGAGGGGGCGUUUCCGGCAAGUGGGUAGCCUACAACGUUGUUGUUUGGAUCUACACUGGUGUUUAGAUGUGCAUGGGUGGGUGGGAGUCAGGGAGGGAUGGGGUGAGGGGGUGAGGGGGCGGGGACGCGGCUCGUGUGGCACAAUCUGACCUCACAGUGUUUACAGUAUUUUACCCACAUGCUUCUUAACGGCACAGUGACUCCACUUUCACCAGCCAAGUAAACAAAGCACCGCAGAGACUGGUGCCUGUUUCCAGUACACAUUGACCUACAAGGAAAUCCAACAAGUCCAACAUCCAAGAAGAAUCACUGUUUGGAUAGAGCUAAUACCUCUGUGUGCUUCUUGUUUUUUUACUUUUUUUUUUUAUAAAUUAAAACGAAUUUUAUUCAUACCGUUGGGUAGGAUUUCAAUUCAUUCCACUUUGCCUAGACUUUAAAGGGAGGGCGAUGUAUGAAGUGCUUCAUCUGUAAUUGCGCAAAUUGCAUCAAAAACAAACGUCAAAAAAAAAAAAAAAAGUAUUUAACCUUUCUGUACCUGUUGACUAAGUAUAGCAGGCUAAUUGUUUUCCUAUAUUAUGGCAUGGCAAAUAGCAUUUGUAUUUCAGAUUCAGGUAUAUGUAGCUAUAGCUGUUGUGUUUAAGAUUUUUUAAAAGAAUAAUAACAUGAAGAUAUUUAUGUAAACUGACUGUACCAUAGGCAAAGAUUGUGUGUUUUAUAUAUGACGAUGACGACGACGACGAUGAUGAUGAUGAUGAUGAUCAACGACAGGCACUAGGACAGCUCUCUUUGGACAGGUCAAAGAUGACGGAGGUCCAUGGAGUUUAUUUUAUUUGAUGAUAUUUUCUAUUUGUUUUCUAUUUUUUGAAAAACGCCUAAGGCAUCUCCGGUAACAACACUAUUCCCUUGUUUUUUUUUUUUUUUUUUUUUUUUUUCAUUUGUGCAAUAUGCUGUGUUAUGACCACGUUUCGUCCAAUCAUGCCAAUAUCAUUUGAUGUUUCUUAUCAAAAAAACCAGCCAACAUUUAGGUCAAUCACUGCCUCUCAUACCUCUGUACAGAUUGUGGUUUUUAUUUCAAUUGUUUUUUAUUUCUUCUGAGAAGGAAAUAAAAUCAGCUGGAACUGAA